AUGGAAGCGGCGAACAAUGGGUGCAGCGGCGUUGCCUUGAUCACAAAUGCAGGGACUGAUCUAGGAGCAAGUGUUGCAAAACAUCUGAUCCAAGCGGGAUGCACACGGAUCGUCCUGGCCCACGGCUCGAUCGCUCCCAUCAAGGAGAUUCGAGACAAGCUACCCAGCAAAAUCACCGUGGAGCUUAUGGAAUACGAUCCCACGUCCCUGGAGUCAAUUGAGAAAGUCAUCAAGUCGACCGUAUCCAAGUUCGGUCAUCUCAAACACUGCAUCAACAUCUUGACUCUCCUACAAGCUCCCUCGAAGCCCACAGCGGAAGCCUCAGUAGAAGAUUUCAAAUCAGGCAUGACUUCUUCUGCUCGACAAAUUUGGCUGGCCUGUAAAGCAGAAAUCACACAGCUCGUGUCUCAACACGAAGCAUCCACGGGUCAACCACAAAGUAGCGCUAUCGUGAAUGUUGUUCCGUAUGGUAACAUUGGCAUUCAUUCGGGCCAUGGCUUGCAGGCUGUGAAUAGCUACUCCUGCGUUGGUAUUACGAAGAGUCUAGCAUGGGAUCAUCGAAAGCAGGGGAUUAGAGUAAAUGUGGUGGCGCCUGCUGCUACUGAUUCCAAGGAGGAUCGAGGCGUUGCCAGUGUUGAAACUUUGAAGCAGGUCAACCCACUGGAGAGGCUGAUUGAGGUGGAUGAGGUUGCUAGUACGGUUUGCUUUUUGGUUGGGGAUGGAGGGAAGGGAAUCAAUGGGGUUGUGUUGCCUGUAGAUUCGGGUUGGAAUCUUGUUCAUGGUUGA